GUAAACCGCUUGUGAUCAGCGCGGUGGGACAGUGUUUGUGUCUCUGCGGUCAGCAAGACAGGGACGCGUGGAUGUACGAAAUGUUGUCGGUGUGGAACUGUGCCUCGUAGGAAGUCAUUUACUAAAACAGCGCUGAAGAAGAAGUCGCUUUCAAUCGAGCCAUGGGAGGCCAAAUGACCCGAAAUAGCUUGUACGAUUCUAUAGGGGGCCCGUUCCCCGCCACCUCUCACCGGUGUCACCACAAGCCCAAGCGAUGUUUGCCCGUCCAGCAGUGCGGGGGCUUCCCCACCAGCCCGCUGCUCUUCCACCCCAACACCAAGGGCUCGCAGAUCGUCAUGGACCUCUCCCACAAGUCCGUCAAGCGGCAGUCCAGCUUCUGCAACGCCAUCACCUUCAGCAACAGGCCCAUCGCUCUGUACGAGCAGGUCAGGCUCAAGAUCACAAAGAAGCAGUGCUGCUGGAGUGGAGCUCUACGGCUGGGCUUCACCGCCAAGGACCCGUCCCGCAUCACCCCCGACAGCCUCCCCAAAUACGCCUGCCCCGACCUGGUGUCCCAGAGCGGCUUCUGGGCCAAGGCCCUGCCCGAGGAGUUCGCCAACGAGGGCAACGUCAUCGCCUUCUGGGUGGACAAGAAGGGCCGGGUGUUCUACCGCAUCAACGACUCCAGCCCCAUGCUCUUCUUCAGCGGCCUGCGCACCAUCGAGCCCCUGUGGGCCCUCAUCGACGUGUACGGCCUGACCCGAGGCGUGCAGCUGCUCGACAGUGAGAUCGUGCCGCUGGACUGCAUGCGCCCGCGCUCCUUCACCACCGUGAGGCGCUCCUCCCUGCGGCGGGAGGCGGACGAGUCGCGGCUCUCCAUCAGCCUGUGCGACCUGAACCUGCAGGAGGAGCACCUGGCCCUGGCCUCCUCCGGCUGCCCCGUGCCCCAGAACUCGCUCAACUCCCAGCAGUGCCACGUGCUGCCGGCCCACCUGGACUCGGACCUGCGCUUCCACCAGCUGCGCGGCGCCCACAUCAAAACGCUGGACGAGCACACGGUGUCCCGCUCGGAGCACGCUCGCGAGGAACGCACGCUGGUGUUCACCGACCGGCCGCUGCGCCCCGGCGAGACCGUCUUCAUCAAGGUGACCAAGUCCAGCCCCGCCCGGCUGGGCUCGCUGUCGUACGGCGUGACCUCCUGCGACCCCAGCGUCCUCCGGCCCAGCGACCUGCCCUACAACCCCGAGUCGCUGGUGGACAGGAAGGAGUUCUGGGCGGUGUGCCGCGUGCCCGCGCCCCUCCAGACGGCCGACAUCCUGGGCUUCCUGGUGACCCCGGAGGGCGAGGUCAUCCUGAGCCACAACGGGGCCAGCGCGGGCAUGCAGGUGUGCGUGGACAACUCCCGCCCCCUCUGGAUGUUCUUCGGCCUGCACGGCGCCAUCACGCAGCUGAGGAUUCUGGGUUCCACUCAGGUGGCUGAUGCGCGCGGGCCGUCCGCCCCCUGCUCGCCCUCCUCCAGCCCCAACACCCCCUCCGGCCUGGGCAGCGGCAGCUCGGAGCCCACCCUCAACAGCACCUGCGGGGGCGCCUUCUGCAGCUCCACCGGAGGAACGACCCCCAGCUCUCCCGUCAGCCUCCCCAAGUCCCCCACCUUCCCGUCGGGCCCCGGGGCCUGUAACGACGAGUGCUCGAUCUGCUACGAGAACGCGGUGGACACGGUGAUCUACGCCUGUGGGCACAUGUGCCUCUGCUACACCUGCGGCCUGAAGCUGAAGAAGAUGUCCAACGCCUGCUGCCCCAUCUGCAGGAGGGCCAUCAAAGACAUCAUAAAGACCUACCGCAGCACGUAGGAGCCCCGUGCCGCCAGGCAUUACCCAGGCCCCUGGGCGAGGCUUCCGAGGUCAGGGAACAUUAGCCCUGUUUACCACAACACUUCUCCCCGUCCCGGGCGGUCCUUAUUUCUGGUUCUUGUGCGGUCGAACGCGCGAGAGGUCCGUUUAUAUUUCACAGGCCUACUGUGAAAGCACUUUGUUGCCCUGCGGAGGAUGUUGGGAGUCUGUUAAAAACUAAAAAUCAUCUCCAGGGGUCUGAGAAGAUUCAGGACAUUUUAGAGAAGCUGACUGGUCCAACCGCCGUACAGGAGAUGAACAUUUCACAAUCCUGUCUGGGUCACAGAGUCUCUGUGUGGGAACACAAGAUGUGUUUUAUAAAGGUGUUUUAUUUCUACUAAAAUUUCUUAAACCAGCACAAUCCUCCAUUUAAUUUAGGGUGAUAUCAGCUCUUUGAACCAUGAGAAAUCCAAAACCCAGCUGUAUCAAACCGUUUUGGAACAAGCCUCUGCAUAUCACAACUUGUGUCUGUGUAGUACUGAGGUCUGAAGUUGCAGGAACAGUCCCAAAAAGGAAACCGCAGUUUAUUUUGGUUGUGUUCAGCUCCAUACAGUGAAUAUCUGUACUGUUUUGCAGUCACAUCGUUUCGUACGUAAAGAUUGGAUGUAAAAAGGUAGAAGACUGGCAGCUUUUUUUGUUGUUUAGAAAGUGACAAAUGUCUCAAGUCCGUAGCAAAAGGAAAAAAAAAAAAAGCUGCUGCAACACACCCUGCACGCUGCGAGUAAAUGUUUUAACACAGCGUUCAUCCAUACGGUACAGCGCUGUACAGUCGUGUAAAUGCGCUCUGGUACUGGAGACAGGAUGUCGACCGUGGCAGAAUGUGAGCGGGUAUGCUAACGUGGAAGCGUUCAAACUUUUGAGCCUCAAACCCUGUGCAGGCGCUGGUCACAUGACUGGACCGAAGGGUACAGUUUUACCGCGGGUGACAGCGAGCGAAGGCCUCCCCUCGCUAACCGGUGCACUGUGAGCCCGGACAACGAGCCAGCGGUUUGGGAUCUCGUGGGAGUCCGUUCGAUAUCGCGCCCGCGGGGAUGUAUGUAACAGUGGGAAUGUAGUCAGCGGCAGUCACAGGGACUAGCCGCUAGCCUUAACGUAGAAUAGGCCGCUGUGUUUCAUAAUGGAACCCGGUUGUUUUCUGAGUAAUUUCUCAUUUCCUGCCGUGAGCAGACACAAAAUUCGCUCCGGUGUAGUAUGUAUAACCACUGCGCGCUAAUUACAGUUGUGGUGGUGGGGUUGACAGAAUGGUUUGGUCAAAGGUCGGGGGUUAGUGACAAGAAAUAAAUGACAGAAACGUCAAAAAAGAUACCGGGAGGAACAUAUUUACAGACCAGUUGGAUUAUAAACCAUCUCCUUUAGUAAGCAUGUCACUUACAAUAUGAACUUAUUGUUAUAUUCUUUGCUCUGUCCUGUGGUUGGUAGUUAAUAUGUAUGCCAUUUGAUAAGGAUAAUCCAUAGGUACUGUACCUACUGUGUAUGUGAUUUUAUAUAAUUUCAAAUGACUAAACCACAUCUCAGAGUAUGUUAAAAACAGUGUGAAUCGGAGGAAUCUGUGUAAGACAGGUUGUGUUUGUACAGUAUGGGUGCAAGCAGCAGACCAUAACACAGAGACUGAUGUCUGGACAGGGGAUGUUUUAAAGCUGCCAUCUUCUUGCGUUGGGAAACUUGUGCUGAGAUUUUAAGGGUGACUUUUUUUUCUUGGUGUGAAACUAGAGUGUAGUUCGGGCCUUCUGGUGAAUACAUUCAUUACUGACAGUACUAGUUUACAUUGUGUAAUUUACUCUUACAUCUUUCAUUUUAGUAUAUGGAUAUUUGGAUAAAAUGACUUUUUCUCAGUCAUUUUAAUUCAUCGGGCUUGAUUUGGCUGAAAGGCCCACUCCGUGGCCUUGCAUGUGUCUGCUAGAGGGUACAGAAAUGUUCUGACGUCCAGAAAUUCACAUUUUCACAAAUUUCUUUAUAAACUAAUGAAAAUACUUUAUGUCUGUGAGGAAUUGUGCGAGAGAUGCCCGAAGGGAGGAGCACACAUAAGUGGAAAUAAUACUAUGUGGAAUGGGCAGAACAGAAGGUAAACAAAUAAAAUCAUGAAAUUGAUAUGCCACAAAGGUCAGCCACGUGUAUAUGACCUUAACAACAAUAUUCAGGUCAAUUUCAGACAGCUUUCUUUUUAAACUCGCCUAUCCAAACUUCAGGUUUUCCCGAGAUGCCUAUGAGAUUUUAUAAUGCGCUUUCUGAGUGUGAGAAACUUUGGAAGCUGUGGCUCCAAAACAGGCUGGUAUUAAAAAAAAAAGGACAAAAAUCUAAAAUGAAAUGAAUCCUUGUCUUUAAAAACUGAAAGAAAAUAGCCGGUAUGCCUCAGCACUGCUGUAGAGUGCACAUCCCCAAGGAAAUUAUUUGAAGUUUUCUUUUAAAAAAGGGAUAAUGUGAUGUAACAUAUAGUUAAAUAUUUAAGUCUUGAAUAUAUGCUGCUAAGGUGUUUGCUGUGACUCUCUUUGGGCAAAUGCUAAAAUCAACAGUACAUUUUCAAUGCAUAUAUCGUAUGGUUAUAAGAUAUAGGCUAUCGCUUGAUGUGCUUGUGUAAGUGAUUGAAUGUUAACUUACUUUAGAAAAGCAACUUCUUAGUUACAGCAGCAAUACCAGAUGUGUUUUGUCAACUUUUUUCAGUUUUCCAUCAUUGGGAGAAGCUUAUUUAGACUGUAACUGAGUAUCUGUUGUCUGAAUUAUAGAUUCCAAUAAUCAUCUCAUUUAAAAAAAAACUGAAUAGAAUAUGAAAACAUAGUAUAUUGUGCCUUUUGGCAGUACUUCACAAUCUUAUUGAACAUAUGCAGUAACAGCAGAGUGAAAUUAUGUAGAAUUAUGUCAAACUUUUACAUGUAAAUAUUUUGGCGUAGUAUUCAUUCCAGGUACACUCCUGCAAAAAAAAAAAAAAAAAAACAUUUUAGCAGAGGAACAAGACAGAGCCUAGUUUUUGGGUGUAAUACAUUUCUCAAUACAAGUAAUAAGUCAUCCCAUUUCAGUAAGUCUUUCCUAUUUACAUAGCUUUCACUAUCAACAUUGCAAGAUGUAUGCUUAAUGUCACUUUAGAUUUUAAACAGAUAUCUGAAUUGAUAAAUCAUUAAUGCAGUCUCUGGAUAUUUUUACUUUGAGCAUAUCCCAGUAACUGCUGAUACUCUUUUUGACCAAAUUUGUCAAUAAUGGAAAAAAAUAAUUAUUUUAUUUUCUGAAAUGAUGAAAAAUAUUCGCUAUUUACUGUAAAAUAAGUUUAUUUAUUUUGCCAUUGAUUUAUUAUAUAUGGGUCCGGUGUGUAUGGGUUUUAUGUAUGUAGCUAUGUAUAUAUGUACAGAAUUUACAAUUGUUCAGUUCAAUCAAUAAAAGUGCUACUGUACGUGGACACAUAUCACACCGUAAUUGAACACCGUACUGUACCAGUGAAGCAACUGACUUCAGCACAUUUAACACCGAUUACAGCGCAAUGGUCCACGAGUCCCACCUCUGCCUGGAACGAAGUUUAGAAGAUAUGAACUCUAGGGUACGUGUUGGCAGGUAGUGCUAGAUGUGCACAAAUCAGCCUUCGCAUUAUAUAUUUGGGUAUCUCGCUUAUACAGAGCAUAUUUUAAUACAUUUAUACUGCAGGGUAUUUACCUUGGGUCAAGAGUAUAAUGGUAGUUCCCCAUCUGUGAAAUCCACAUCUCAAUAAGCAGCCCAAUCAAACCGUUAUACGACAUUAGCAAGCCGCAUUUAUAAUUCUGCCUUCUGCACGUCCAAUCAAGCACUUUCCCUAAUUAUUUCAUACCGAGAUGGGGCUUUGGUCCGUUUAGCCAGGAUUUCCGUGAAUAAAUCCAGAGUAAAAUAGUCUACAACUCGAUGGUGUCGUAAUCGCAAACUAGCGCCGCGGCUUCACUAUCCGGUUCCAUACUUUGUGGUCUUUAUUUAUUGUCGCUUCGCUUUGCGUGGUGUCACUGUUUGUCAGGUUUCCUUUUAUUUUACGGUUUUGAUAUAGUAUUUUUUCACCUUAAAUUUGGGGUGGAUCUUUUUAGUUGAAUUCCAUCAAACCGUUUUCCUCGACGGUUUAAUGAUCCUGUUAGCAGCUGGGAGAAAAAAGCCAGAAGCUUGACAAUCACUAUGGUUACCCCAGAUAUUCAUCAUGGACUGUCCAUGUUCAUAGUUCACUCAAUCCCUACCCGUGACUAUUGGGACCAAAUCACAGGACAAGGUUCUGUCUACCAUGACAGUUUCACAGAGAACCCCCCAACAAAAAAAGUCUGGUUUAUUUUUAUCUUUCUUUUUUACUCAUUUUCAAUAUUUGUUGUGACUGAUAUUGAAAUGCCACUCAAUCUUUUUUUGUGUUCAUGUAAUACUAGUUUAAGUGAUCUGUCUGUAAAUUCUGUUCUCUGCGUGAGUCAGAUGAUUGUUGCUGUCAAUAAACUUUCCAGACGUG